AUGGCGCCUCCAACAGAAACAAUGCUACAGGUGCGAACAGCGACGACCGUGCCUACCGGCAGAGCAAUAGCGGACCGAAGCGAGAAAAAGCCGACAGCCAGGACCAAGACGGACCAAGCGGCCGAGGAGCGUGUCUCGUUUGGGCAAUCGCGAUUCUGGUUCCUGGACCAGGCCAUCAAGGACCGCACAACAUUCAACAUCGCCAUCCUCGUGCGGCUAGAAGGCCGGCUACGCGUCAAGGAUGUGGGGCGUGCGGUCGAACAGGUUGCGCAACGGCACGAGGCGCUGCGCACGCGCUAUUUCGCCCGGGGCGAGUACGGCGAGCAGGCCAUGCAGGCCAUUGAUGCGUCGGCGACGGUGCCCUUCUCCUGGCGGCAGAUCCAAGACGAAAGCGAGGCGCGGCAAGAGCUGGACGAGCUGCGCAACCACGUGUGGGAUUUGAGCGCGAGCGAAAGCAUGAGAGUGUCGCUGCUAUCGCUGAAGGGGGACAAGGUACACUUCCUCAUUCUCGGCUGCCACCACAUCAACAUGGACGGCAUCAGUUUCCAGAUUUUUUACUCGGACCUCGAAAAAGCGUACAAGGGCCAGAGGUUAUCGACACUUCCGCCCCCGCUGCAGUAUCGCGGCUUCGCGAAACGCCAGCGUGAGGCGUGGGAGACGGGCAAGAUGGAUGCAGAUCUGGACUACUUCCGGGGAAUCGUCCCUAAGGACCCGAAGCCGCUGCCUUUGCUGCCUUUCGCAAAGGUGAACUCGCGUGUUCCGCUUGAGAAAUACAGCACACACAGGGUAGAUGUCCGUAUCGACGCCGACCUCACCGCCAAGUGUAAGGCCACCGCACGCCGUCUGAAGUCGACCACUUUUCACUUUUAUCUGGCGGUUUUCCAGAUUUUGAUCCAGCGCCUCGUCGGAGAUGACUGUAAGGAAGUCUUCGUUGGCGUGGCCGACGCCAACCGCACCGAUGCCAAAUUCAUGGGCACGCUGGGUUUCUUUCUUAACCUCCUCCCACUACGCUUCGCCAGGGACGAUGCGGCCAACUUCGCUGAGGCAGUGCAACAGGCCCGCGACAAGGUGUACGGCGCUCUUGCACACUCGCAGCUGCCUUUUGACAUCCUACUGGAAAAACUCGAGAUUCCACGGUCGUCUGCCCACACUCCGCUCUUCCAGAUCUUCGUCGACUACCGUCAAGGAGUGCAGGAGCGCCAAAAGUAUAUGGGCUUAAAGGCUGUCGGUGAGGACUGGCAUUUGGCCAAAACUGGUUACGACGUCUCAUUGGACAUCAUCGAGAACGCUGCCGGAGAUGCGAGAAUAGAGAUCAGACUUCAGGAAGCGCUCUAUUCCGAGGCCAGUGCACGCCUGCUGCUGCAGGCCUACGUCCACCUGCUGGCACAGGUAGCAGAGAAUCCCGAGGUUGACUGGAAGACUCCAGAGAUUUGGCCCGCAGAGGUCAUCGAGAGGUCCUUGUCCGAGGGAAAGGGCAAACCCAUCGACUACACAUGGGCGCCGACCGUCGCCCACCGCAUCGACGAGUUCAUCGCCAAGCAGCCAUCAGCCCCGGCUCUGAAAGACGGCACCAACUCCCUCACCUACGCCCAAAUGGACGACCGCAUCAACGCCAUCUGCGCCGCCUUAGUCUCGGCCGGCGUGAAGACAGGCGAUCGAGUCGGCGUGUUCCAAAAGCCCACCACAGACUGGAUCUGCUCGCUGCUCGCCAUCUUCCGCGCCGGCGCCGUCUACAUGCCACUGGACACACGCACCCCAGUCCAACGUCUAGCCGCCAUGGUCUCCGACGCCCAACCCGCCGCCAUCCUCGCCCACGAUGAAACCUGGGCCGACGUGCCCGCCGUCGCUCCGCACAGCGCGAACAUUAACAUCUCCCACAUCUCCCCCGCCCCCGCGCCCCUGCCCAACCUCGCCACCCCCUCCAGCCCCGCCGCGCUGCUCUUCACCAGCGGCUCGACCGGCACCCCCAAGGGCAGCCUCAACACACACGCCAACAUCAUCCACCAGCUCGAAGGCUACUCCACGCACAGCACCCUCGCGCCCGACGUCGGCCUCGUGCUGCAGCAGAGCGCGUACUCGUUCGACAAGUCCCUCGAGCAGAUCUUCGCGGCGCUGGCGCACGGCGGCGCGCUGUUCGUCGUGCCCGCGCACCAGCGCGGCGACCCGCUGUCCAUCACGCGCAUCAUGGCCGACGAGGGCGUCACGUUUACCGCCACCACGCCCAGCGAGUACCUGAUGUGGCUGCGGUACGCGCGCGAGAACCUAAAGCGGUGCGUGGGGUGGCGGCGCGCGGUGCUGGGUGGGGAGGUCGUGCCGGCGAGCUUGAUCAAGGGGUUCAGGGAGCUCGGGUUGCCGGUCAGGCUGACGAAUAGCUACGGCCCGGCGGAGAUCACGAUGGCGUGCGCGAAGGGCGAUUUGGCGUACGAGAUCGGGCCGGGGGAGAUGCCGGUCAUGGCGGGCACGGUGUUGCCUGGGUAUACGGCGUAUGUUGUGGAUCAGGAGCUGAAGCCUGUGCCGGUGGGGUGUCCCGGUGAGAUCGUCGUCAGCGGUGUUGGCGUGUCGAUGGGGUACCUCAACAACGAGGAGUUGACGAGCCAGAAGUAUCUGCCGUGUCCGUGGCAGCCGGGGAAGAUGUACAGGACGGGCGAUAAGGGCAGGUUGGGAGGAGAUGGAGUGCUGUACUGCGACGGCAGGCUGGAGGGUGACUCGCAGAUCAAGCUCCGCGGCGUGCGCAUGGAGCUUGAGGAUAUCGAGAGCUGCAUUGCGCAAACGGCGGCCGGGGCGGUCACCAGUGUGGUUGUCUCGAAGAGGGGCGAUGCGGAGCAGGACUCGGAGUUCCUCGCGGCGCACGUCGUUUUGGCCCCUGGUGUCGAUGAGAGCAUACUGGACCGCCUACGCACGACGCUGCCCCUGCCACAGUACAUGAUCCCGGCUGUCAUGGUGCCAGUGAAGGAUCUACCCAUGACGGCCCAUUUCAAGAUCAGCCGCAAGGAGGCCAUGGCACUGCCUGUGCCAGAGAUCAAGAAGGCUGAGGUCGACGUUGGCGCCCUUACCCCCACCGAAGCACAGCUGGCAGGACUUUGGAGCGAACUGAUACCCGGCUUGCGGAGUGUUGACGCCACCUCACCCUUCUUCCUUGUCGGCGGUAAUUCACUCAUGCUGGUCAAGCUUCAGGCCAUGAUUCGCAUGAACCUGCAUGCCAAUCUCAGGCUGAUAGACCUCAUGGAAAAUGAUACCUUGGGCAAGAUGGCGCGGGUGGUAGAGGAAGCCGCAGGCGGUGCUGCUGCAAUCGACUGGGAGAAAGAGACGGCCCUACCAGAGCUACCUCCGAGUGUCGGAACCGUGCCACCAAAGGACAAGGACCUCGUUGUCAUGCUCACAGGCGUAACCGGCGUCUUGGGACGAAACAUGCUGGCCAAGCUGGCGGCGGACGAGCGCGUCGCGAAGAUAUAUGCCGUUGCUGUGCGCGCGCCGAUCGAAGGCCGCGUCACCACCACAUCUGACAAAGUUACGAUCCUCGCUGGAGACCUGGUAAAGCCACUGCUGGGCCUUGACGACGCGGACUUCAAGACACUGAGCGAGGUGGACGUCAUUUUCCACGCCGGCGCCAACCGCUCUUUCUGGGAUUCUUACUACGAGCUGCGGGCAACAAACGUCUACUCCGUCAAGGAGUUGGUCAGAAUAGCCGCACCGCGCAAAAUCCCCAUCCAUUUCAUGUCCUCGGGCGAGGUCGUAGCGUACGGCUCUGAGACUCCGCCCGUGGACGGCUCCGACGGCUAUGUCAGCUCGAAGUGGGCCGCUGAGAAGGUGCUACAGAAGGCGGCCGCCCAAGCAGGUAUCGAGGUGGUGGUGCACCGACCAAUGAAGUCGGACGAAGCUGGAGCGGCGCCGCUUGAGGCUUUGCAGGAGCUAAUGGCGCUGGCACGGCAGAUGGGAAAGCGGCCAGCGCUCCAUGGAUUGAGCGGCACGCUAGCUAUUGUUCCUCUGUCCCAGAUCGUGGAUGCCUUGGCCGAAGAUUUGUUUGAGAGGAGCUCGGGGGUCAAGCAUUUGAGUCAUGGUAGCAGCUUCAACGUGGAUAUUGCCGAGUUCGCGACGGCUGUCGCGAAAGACGAAGGGAUUAUGAAGCUAGAGGGUAUGUCCGCAUUGAAGUGGACAGGCGUUGCAAAGAAGAUGGGGUGGAGCAUGUUUAUGUUGGCACAGGAGAUCUUUAUGGAAAAGGAAGGCGGAAGAGUUGUUUCGAAGAGGUAA